AUGAAGCAACAUCACCGCUCUGCGCUUCACGUCAAAUUGGAACGGGUCGCGGUCCGCUGUUUCACGCUGCUUGUGCUGCUGAAAUGUGGCGCAUUUCUACUCCACGGAUGGCCGCUGCGGGGUUGUUUUGCACAGAUGGGCAUGCGCCGCUUUCGAGAGAAGGAAGGAUCUCAAAUCCGUGUCCCUGUUUCGGGCACAAAUGCUGUCAAAAUGGAUGGCCUCACAUCAGGAGAGGCCAAGCUCAUGACACAACUUGCAGAGGCUGCGAAGGGGCGGAACUGGGUUCAUAUCCAGGCACUCUGGUCCUCGUAUUCAGGUUCAGCGUUUCCGGUGUUUUGUGCUGCAAUGCAGGCAGCCUUCCAAUGUGGGAAGUAUGUGGCAGCCGCCGAGAUUUAUGAAGCCUUGCGACGCAGCUCGGCAGAGCUCACGUCUACCGUGCCCCUCACCAUGGGCAUCAAGAUCUUCGGCAAGCUGGGACAGCACCAGAAAGUCAAGGACAUUUGGGAAGAAGCCCAGACUGGUGGCCUGGUUGACCAGUUCGUAGCAGGCACGUUUAUCGACGCCGGGGCGGAAGCCGGUGAUUUCAUGGCUUCUGUGGAGGGCUUGGACUACAUGUUGCAGCACGGGUAUGAUGUAGAUGCCUCGCGCUUCUGUUCUGUGAUCAAUGCUUGCAAGAACUCAGAUUUGCCUGACCGUCACAAGGCAGCGCGCUUUUUGUUCCAACAAAUGCUAGACAAGGGCUUGCACCCUGACGUGGCCACUUUUGCGGCUCUUGUCGGAGCCUACCAGGAAGCUCCGCUCAAGAUCAUCUUAGGUGUUCGUGCGACAAUGCAAGAGCUUGGGACCAUACCGAACAUCGUCUUUGCAGAGGUGUACAUAUCUGCGCUCCUGGGGCGGUUGGAAGGGAAUGCCGAUGAGGUUGCAGCUCUGCUGCAGAAGGUCACAAAGCCUCGCCGCGAGGCUGCCCUCACAGCCCUACAAGACUUUCGGGCAAGUGGUGUUCAGCUUUCAUACCUGUGCAAGAAAGUUGAGAAAGCACUGUCCCGGUAUAGACAUGUUUAA